GGGUCUUAGUUGCAGCAUGCAGGAUCUUCGUAGUGACAUUCGGGAUCUUCAGUUGUAGCAUGCGAACUCUUAGUUGCAGCAUGUGGGAUCUAGUUCCCUGACCAGGGAUCGAACUCGGGCCCCCUGCAUCGGUAGCGUGGAGUCUUAGCCACUGGACCACCAGGGAAGUCCCUAAAGGAAACUUUUUGAAAAAUUCUUCGGUUAUUUUAGCUGUCAGGUUCUUUCCAAUAUCGUAACAUUAAAGCACAGUAACCUUCACUCGCUUCUCCUCCCAGGUAUUCCUCCAUGAUGGCAUAUAAAUUACCUGUGGAGGAUGUUCACCCUCUAUCUCAGGCGUUUUCCAAAUUAGAGGCAGGUAAGUUUAGACAUAUUAAGACUUCACGUACGGUGCAUAUUUUCACGUGGAAUACAUAUUAGAUAACUUCAAGGAGAAAACAUAUCAUCAAUCAAACCUUGGAAAAUUUCCACUGGAAUAGUCUUAAAAAUUUUGAAGGGAAUGUAUUGGUGCCCCUUGACUUGGCUUUCCUCCAACUGAUUUUCCCUCUGCUAAUGAGGAAACCCAGCUGCAAAUAAGUCAAACUAUUCUGUCCUGCUUCCAUUGCCAUUGCAUACUGUUGGAGCAUAAUUAUCAGCGUGAUAGCCCAAAGAACACCGAGGUGAGCUUCUGGCAUCUCCAUGUUUGUCAGUCAGAGGCUCAAGGAGCAAGGCUGUGGCCCAUGGAUGGACUCAAUCUGUCAAUACUCCUUUUUACCCCAUUGAUCCAUUUGUUUACAUUAGUGCUGGAACUACAUGAAAAAUACAGAGAUGAGAAGUCAGGAUUGAUGAGGGGUUUCUGAACUAGUUCCAGAGACAUUGACUAGAGUGCACACUAGAUACUUAUGAGGUCUUGACCUGUAAGAAGCAUGGGAUUCAUUAAAAGGGGACCAGCAUGGAGUAUACUCCAUGGUUUUAUAAAUGUAGACUAAAGCAAUACCCAACAAUUGAUCUGGAGUCCAAAACAUACAUGUGCAGAGAAUCAAAAGGAUAUAACUACUGAAAUAUAGGACACAAGGUACUCCUUAAUGAGAAAGUUUACAGGUAAUUUAUACAUGAGUGCAUUGCUAUCUUUUGAUUAUCCGUAUCAGCACUCUAAUUUAUCUCAAGAAAAUUUAAUUACUUAAUUACCUCAUGGAUUUGAAGUUGCUGUUUUUGUUGCCUGCUUUGAAAAUACUUUUGGUGAAAAAUUUGUGAGCCACUAAUGUCGGCCCCAUUAAAUGCAGUGAAAGAGACCUUUGACCUGGAAGAAUAAAGCCUCUCUCAGGCUACCUUGGAACAGGUAUUCUUAGAACUCUCCAAAGAGCAGGAGCUGGGAAAGUUAAUGAUGAAGUUGAUACAAGAGUUAGAUGGAAACUUCUCCUGCAGGAAAAGCCUUAAAACCCUGAAUCUCCUAAUAUUAGAUUUUAGAAAAAUCCAGUGUCCAUCCUGAGCUUCUCAAUCCCCCCGGGAACUUUUCAUCUCAGGCUCGUUCUUGACUCUGACUUUGCUCAUCAGCUGAACUCCGUUAUCUGCUCUGUGGUCAGUUCCUUUACCUCCACCUUGGCAUUGAUUUAAAGAAUCAAGUUUCAAGUCCUUUGAGUCUGGAUUGUUAUCUGAUGGCUUAACUCGUGAUAAAAGUUUUUCAAUUCAAUCUGGAAGGCUAAAUGCAUAUGAAACAAAAAAGUGUGUACCAGCAAACUCAAGCACUUCUGUGCAAGAAUCUUCUUAAGAAAUGGAGGAUGAAAAGACAGAGCUUAUUGGAAUGGGGGUUCCCAAUACUUUUAGGAUUUUAUAUGGGCAUAUUUUCAUACUUAAAAGAAAAUGUGCAUUUUCCUGAAAUGCCUCCUCAGGAUCUGGGAAGGGUAGAUAAAUUUAACAGCUCUUCUAUGGAUGUUGUGUACACACCGAUCUCCAACAUUACCCAGCAGAUAAUGAAUAAGACGGCAUGUGCUCCCUUUUUGAAAGGAAGAAGAGUCACUGGGGCACCGGAUCAAAAAUACAUGGAUAAAAUACUUCUAGACAAUUUCCCAUACACCGUGGGAGUCAUCUUUAAUGACACUUUUUCUUAUAAGUUAAAAUUUUAUCAGGGAUAUUAUAUUCCAAUUUUGAAGGAAGAGCUUUUCACAGCUCACUGUUGGGGUGCAGAUAAUGAGUUUUCCUGUUCACUGGCUAAAUACUGGAGCAGAGGGUUCGUGACUUUACAGACUGCUAUCAAUGCUGCUAUUAUACAAAUCACGACAAAUCACUAUGUGAUGGAGGAGUUGAUGUCAGUUACUGCUAUAAAUAUGAAGACAUUACCCUUUAUUUUUAAAGAGAACCUUCAAAAUGAGAUGUUUAUUUUUUACUGCUUGCUUUACUUCUCCCCAUUUAUAUAUUUUUUAUCACUCAAUGUUACAAAAGAGAGAAAAAAGUAUAAGGAUUUGAUGAAAGUGAUGGGUCUACAAGAUUCAGCAUUCUGGCUCUCCUGGGGUUUAAUCUAUGCUGGUUUCAUCUUCAUUACUUCUAUAAUCAUUACAAUUAUCAUAAUAUCUACCCAAAUUAUAGUCAUGACGGGCUUCGUGGUUAUAUUUACCCUCUUUUUCUUAUAUGGCUUAUCUUUGAUAGCCUUGGCAUUCCUGAUGACUGUGCUGCUAAAGAAAACUAUCCUCACCAGUUCGGUUGUGUUUGUCCUCACUCUCUUUUGGGGGGGUGUGGGAUUCACUGCAUUUUAUAGACAACUUCCGUCACCUUUGGAAUGGAUUUUCAGUAUUUGUAGCCCCUUUGCCUUCACUGCUGGAAUUAACCAGAUUAUCCACCUGGAUUAUAAUAUGAAUGGUGUAAUUUUUCCUGACACUUCAGGAGACUCAUAUAUAAUGAUAGCAACUUUUUCCAUAUUGGCUUUUGAUGCUCUUUUGUACUUGGUGUUGGCGUUAUACUUUGACAAAAUCUUACCCUAUGGCAGUGAGCACCGUUACUCUCCAUUAUUUUUCCUGAAGUCAUCAUCUUGUUUCCAGCACCAAAGGACUGAUAGUAAGGUCAAUGAGAAAGAAGUAGAUCCUGAGUUCCCGGACUCUGAUGAUUCUUUUGAACGAGUAGCUCCAGAAUUCCAAGGAAAAGAAGCCAUCAGAAUCAGAAAUGUUAAAAAAGAAUAUAAAGAAAAAUCUGGAAAAGUGGAAGUAUUGAAAGGCUUGUUCUUUGACAUAUACGAAGGUCAAAUCACAGCAAUUCUGGGUCACAGUGGAGCUGGCAAAUCUUUGUUGCUAAACAUCCUUAAUGGAUUGUCUGUUCCAACAGAAGGAUCAGUUACCAUCUAUAAUAAAAAUCUCUCUGAAAUGCAAGACUUGGAGGAAAUCCAGAAGAUAACCGGUGUUUGUCCUCAAUUCAAUGUUCAGUUUGACGCGCUCACUGUGAAGGAAAACCUCAGGCUGUUUGCUAAAAUAAAAGGGAUUUCGCCACAGGAAGUGGAACAAGAGGUACAAAGAAUUUUAUUGGAGUUGGACAUGCAGCACAUUCAGAAUAACAUUGCUACACAUUUAAGUGAAGGUCAGAAAAGAAAGCUGACCAUUGGGAUUGCCAUUUUAGGAGACCCUCAAGUUUUGCUAUUAGAUGAGCCAACUGUGGGAUUGGAUCCCUUCUCAAGGCAUCGAGUGUGGAGCUUCCUCAAGGAGCGCAAAGCAGACCGCGUGACCCUCUUGAGUACCAAUUUCAUGGAUGAAGCCGACAUCCUGGCUGAGAGAAAAGUGAUCCUGUCCGGCGGGAGAGUGAAGUGCAUAGGCUCCUCUGUCUUUCUGAAGAGAAGAUGGGGUCUUGGAUAUCACUUAAGUUUGUACAGAAAUGAAACAUGUGAUCCAGAAAAAAUAACAUCCCUCAUUAAUCAUCACAUCCCGGAUGCCAGACUAAAAACAGAAAGCAAAGAAAAGCUUGUGUAUACUUUGCCUCUGGAAAGGACAAAUAAGUUUCCAGACCUUCUCAGUGAUCUCGAUAAGGGUUCUGGCCUGGGCGUGAUGAGCUACGAGGUUUCCACGUCAACUCUGAAUGAAGUCUUCAUGAAACUGGAAGGAACAUCAACUGCUGAGCAAGAGAUGAUGGGGGACACAGGACGCCUACCUGAAAUGGAUUCACCUUGCUCUUCUCUCCCUGAGAUGCACACGGCUGUGAGUGCCAUGGGCCUCUGGAGACUGCAGUUCUGUGCAAUGGCGCGGCUCCGUUUCUUAAAGUUAAAACAUGGGAAGAAAGCAUUUUUGACCCUAUUAUUUGUAUUUGGAAUUGCAAUGUUCCCUCUGAUUGUGGAAAGCAUACUCUAUGCUGUAUUAAAUCAAAAGACUGAUUGGGACUUUAAACCCGAACCGUAUUUCCUCUCUCCUGGACAAUUUCCCCAAGACCCUCGCACCAGCUUACUGAUUAUCAACAACACAGAAUCAAAUAUUGAAGACUUUAUACAGUCACUGAAGCAUCAAAAUAUACUUUUGGAAGUAGAUGACUUUGAAAAUAGAAAUGGCACUGAUGACCCAUCUUACAAUGGAGCAAUCAUAGUUUCGGGUAAAAAAAGGGAUUAUGGAUUUUCAGUUGUAUGCAAUACCAAGAGACUGCACUGUUUUCCUACUCUUAUGAAUAUUGUCAGCAAUGGGUUACUUCGAAUGCUUAAUCAUACACAGUGUAUUCGGACUGAGAGAAGCUCAUUUCCUUUUAAUUAUGCACUGUUCUGGAAUGGGUUGCCAGAAGGGUCCUUUUUCUUAUUUUUCGUCGUGUGCAGCAUUUCUCCUUACAUCGCCAUGAACAGUGUCAGCGAUUACAAAAAGAGAACUAAGUCCCAGCUGUGGAUUUCAGGACUCUUCCCUUCUGCUUACUGGUGUGGUCAGGCCCUGGUGGACGUUAACCUCUACAAUUUCAUUCUCCUUUCAAUGUAUUCAAUUUUCUACGCAGCAAACAUGGUGCACAUUCGUCUCGCAAGUCGAGCUGUACUUGCUUUGGCUGUCAUUACACUUGGUUACGCAGUUUCUCUUGUCUUCCUGACAUACGUGAUAUCAUUUAUUUUUCGGAAGAGGAGAAAAAAUAGUGGCCUUUGGUCAUUUUGCUUCUAUAUGGCUGCAGUCUUCACGUUUGGCAUGAUUAUAAUGAAUCAGUUCGACUUCCGUGUCUUGAUGGUUUGCAUGAUAUUAGUUCCCUCAAUGACCUUGGGUGGAUUUAUAGGUUUUUUGGAAGAGAGAGUCCACAAAUACCAAAUAAAAUAUCAAGACCCAAACUAUGACCUGAAUGCAGCUGAUCUGCUAGUGUGCCUAAUACCUUACUUCCAGGCUUUGCUUUUCAUUUUUGUUCUACGAUGCUUGGAAAUGAAGUGUGGAAAGAAAAUCAUGCAAAAGGAUCCUGUUUUCAGAAUUUCCCCUAAAAGUAGAGACGGUCGUCCAAAUCCAGAAGAACCUGUAGAUGAAGAUGAAGACGUUCAGGCAGAAAGAAUAAGAACGGCAACUGCCCUAACCGUUUCCACAGAGGAGAAACCAGUCAUAAUUGCUAGCUGUCUACACAAAGAAUAUGCAGGCCAGAAGAAAAGGUGCUUUUCAAGGAGGAAGAAGAAAAUAGCAGCAAGAAAUGUCUCCUUCUGUGUUAAAAAAGGUGAAAUUUUGGGAUUGAUAGGACCUAACGGCGCUGGUAAAAGCUCAUCGAUUAGAAUGAUAUCUGGGGUCCUGAAGCCAACAGCUGGAGAGGUGGAACUGACUGGAUAUGGUUCGGCUGUGGAUCAUCAGGGGGACGGCAGCGUCCGGUUCCUGGGAUACUGUCCCCAGGAGAACGUGCUAUGGCCCAUCCUGACAGCGCGCGAACAUCUGGAGGUGUUCGCUGCGGUGAAAGGGCUGCGUAAAGCGGACGCCAACGCCGCCAUCUCACGACUGGUGGACGCCUUCCAACUGCACGAGCAGCUGAAUGUUCCAGUGCAGAAAUUAACAGCAGGAGCCACUAGAAAGCUGUGUUUCGUGCUGAGCGUCCUGGGAGACCCCCCUGUCCUGCUUCUGGAUGAGCCGUCUGCUGGCUUGGACCCCAGGGAGCAGCGGCACAUGUGGCAGACGAUCCAGACAGCCAUUAAAAACACGGAGAGGGGCGCCCUCCUGACCACCCAUUACCUGGCCGAGGCCGAGGCCGUGUGUGACCGUGUGGCCAUGAUGGUGUCCGGAAGGCUGAGAUGCAUCGGUUCCAUCCAACACCUGAAAAACAAACUCGGCAAGGAGUACAUUCUUGAACUAAGAGUGAAGGAAACGUCUCAAGUGCCGUUGGUCCACACCGAGGUUCUGAAGCUUUUCCCGCACGCUGCACAGCAGGAGAGGUAUUCCUCCUUCUUGGCCUAUAAACUGCCCAUGGAGGAUGUUCACCCUCUAUCUCAGGCCUUUCACAAAUUAGAAGCAGUGAAACAUAACUUUAACCUGGAAGGAUACAGCCUCUCUCAGUGCACCUUGGAACAGGUGUCCUUAGAGCUUUCCAAGGAGCAGGAGCUGGGAAAUUUUGAUGAAGAGGUUGAUACAACCAUGAGAUGGAAACUCCUUCCUCAGUCAGAAGACCCUUGAAACCUCAAGCCUAAUCAUUCUUUGUUGAUGUCUUACAAGCUUAUAUCAUAUGUAAUAAUUAGCGUGUAUAAUUUAAAAAUUAUUAACAUCAAUAUUAGGUAUAUUUUGUAUAUUUAGUCAAUAAAUGAAUAAA